CUACAAUACCCACGUGUCCACUCGAGGAGGGCUGCGGCAUCGUUAACGGACUAUUGGCAUACUUCAUAAUUAUGUUGGCGCUUGCGAACAGCUGUCCUGACUAACGCUGUUCCGUCAUUAUUUUAUUUCAACUUUUUAUCAAGUGGUCGUGCAUAAGGUCGUAUUUACAGCACUGGGAAACUGGAAAACAAACGGAGGGAUCCCGCGACAAUUGAUCAACAUGUCAGGAAGUGAUACAGAGUCAUCCUGUGGAUGGACCUUCAUCAGUAAUGAGGGUUCAGAUAUUGAGACUUUAGGAACUGAGGCAGUAGAGGAUGUAGAGCCUGCACCAGUGAACUCUGACCUGCAAAAAGUCACUUUGCUUGAUUAUGACCAUGCUGAAGUGAAAGAAGAUUCACUUGAUGUCACUAUGCUUGAUUCAGCAGAGACUGGAGUAAAGGCUGCCAGCAGUGAGCAUGUGUCUCUGUUGUCAUCAAGUGAUCACUCAGACAUUUUGACACUUGGAGACUUAAAAGAAGAUGAGCCGGUCACCACAGAGGCCUCUGAAGAGCUGUAUCUUGGGAUGUCCUGCAGCAGCCAAUACACCUUCACCUCAGCACAAAAAGUUUUUCCAGUGCAGCCGCUGGUUGUGCCUCACUCGAGCAGCAGUGAGGAGGAGCCUGACCCGAGCUCUGAGGCUGUAGUCCGAAGACGUCGCGUGAGAAGAAAUACUCCGAACACCAUGACAGGAACAGACUGGGACAAGGGGACUGAAUCUGACUCAAAUGAGAGAGAAGAGAGACCCCAAGAGCAGGGCAGAGCCGAGGGAGAUGAACCCAUACGAGAAGCACAAACCAAAGGCAGCAGCAUGCUCACUACAUGCAUCUUACUGGCUCUCAUUAUAGCUAUCAGUACAGGCUUUGGACACCUCUAUAGUACUAAUCAGAUCCAGAAAAGACAAUUUGUGGAUGAAAUUAAACUGAAUCAGCUGGAUGGAUUGAGAGACCUUAUUUUUCACACUGGAGAGCAGAAAGGUGAUCUGAGCCUAAAGGACCUGGAUAUUCAAAAGGCAAUUUCAGUGCUUUCAGAAACUAUUGAUAAGAUAAAAAAAGAAAAUGAAGACCUCAGCAUAAAACAUGCACUAAUACAAGUUCAGAGGCAUGAGCUGGAGGUGCUGCUGAAGGCAAAAGCUGAGGAGAAGAACCAAAUUGAAUCCCAGCACCAGAGUCUGCUGAAAGAGAACCACAAUCUGAAACACUCGCUGGAAAAGGAGGAAAGGUCACUGUUUGCUUUACAGGGGGAACUGAAAACUCUACACCUGGCAAUGAAAGACCUCGAAGCCAUGAGAGCAGGAGCAGACUCGCUGCUGUCUGAAAACCAAAGGCUAAAGGCUGAACUGGAGGAGGAGAAGGAGGUGAUCCGCAGCUUUAGUGCAAAAAGGGAGGAUUUGAUGAUUGAAGCACAGACAUUGAGAAAGAAGCUGGACAAAGAGCGCAAGGUGGCUGAUGAGUUGAGAGGAGAAAUUAACAAACUUAGACAACAGAUCAAUGGAGCAGAGAAAGCAAAGGACCUGCAGUCUCACCUGAUGGAGCUGGAGAAGCGUUUGAGCUUUGAGCAGCAACGUUCUGACCUGUGGGAGCGUUUAUACCUGGAAACUAAAGAGGAGAGAGCUAAAGGGGACUCUGAGCCUAAAAGGAAAUCAAAAUCCAAGCAGGGCAUGGCAGGAAAAGUAAAAGAAACAUUCGAUGCUGUGAAAAACUCCACUAAAGAGUUUGUUCAUCACCACAAAGAGCAGAUCAAGAAGGCAAAAGAGGCAGUUAAAGAGAAUCUCAGGAAGUUUUCUGAUUCUGUAAAAUCCACCUUUAGGAACUUUAAAGAUUCAGCAUCUACCAUCUUUAACAAAGCACGAGGGUUUUACGACAAGAGACACAAACAUAGAAAUGCAGAUGAGACAUGGCAGCACAGAUCGGGUAAACCACAUAAGAAACAGUUCAAAUUAAAUUUUGACUUCUUUCAGAGCAAUCACUUUUCUAGAAAUUCUGGCAAUAAAGUUCACGAGAAGUUUAAGCCCCAAAGUUGCUCUGAGGUGUUCGACUGUGCUUAUCAGGAGUUCAUGAGUCUCUUUAACAAAGCCGCUGAGCCCAUACGAGCAGAUGAGUUCUACCAGCUACUGCAGAGCUACCUUCAGAAAGAGGUCGACCAUUUCCCCUACUGGAUAGAGCUUGAGAGGUUCAUAAAUAGCUUCUUUCACAAUGGUUUAUUUAUACAUGACCAAAUGCUGUUCACUGACUUUGUUAAUGAUGUUGAAGACUAUCUCACUGAUUUGUACAAGCACCAAGGUUUAAAUGAAGACUUUUUUGAAGAUCUUGAUGAUUAUAUCUACAAGCACUUCUUUGGCGAGACAUACUCCAAAAAUUCUAGACCAAGCGGACCAAAGGAGGAUUUGCGUGAAAAGCAUCGCCGUAAGCAAGAUAGGUCGAGACAUAGCAAUGAACGCAAAUGGAGUAGAUCAGAGCAAAACAGAGACAGACACAUGGCGGAUGUCAAAAUAGAACUGGGACCAAUGCCUUUCGAUCCUAAAUAUUGAUUCUAUCUGCACUCAUCUUGAUAUUUACACUUUGAUUUUCAAUUUGAAUUUACUGACUGCUGUCUGAGCAAUUAUCUCGUUGUUACCGUUUUUUAAAUUUAAUUUUAUUGACAAUAGGAAGGUGUUUCUCAUCAGACGAGCUUUCUAAUGAUACAGGAUCGAUUUGUGAUCAUGUAGGGUUCAAGUGUAAAAACUUAUCAAGUUAACAGAAUCAAGAAAAAAAAUUCAAGAUCAUAGUUUAUGGUGUUGUUUUCCUAUAUCUGUAAUCUACAUUAUAACUUUCUACCACUGCUUUCAGUAACUUGAUCUGGGACAAUAAUUCAAGUGCUUUAAUGUAAUUGAAAAUAACUGAUUUCAGUAAAACAAAAAAAAAGUUUAAAUAUUUAUUAAUACCAUGUUCAUCAGUGCCUUUCAUAAAUAAAGAUGUUUCUUCCGA